AUGGAGGGACUGUUUACUCUGCUCGCGCUGAUACACGAAGCGCCGCCAUUGAAUGGCAACCGCAAGGGGGGGCCAAUUAGCGCCCCAGUCUUCGACCACGAAGAUCCAAUACCGCCAACAGAAAUCCCUGUUUCAUUGCUGUCCCUCGAAAGCAAUCAAUCGCCUGAACCAGUAACUCUGCAAACCCGCAAAGAGGAGUCUACCAGCGGCAAUGCUAGCAAAGAAGAGAAAGAGGAGGAGAAGAAGGAGGAAGAGGAAAGUUCGCCGCACGCAUGGGUCGGCAUCGCCCUUGUCAGCGGCUUCAUUAUGAUGUACCUUAUUGAUAAAUUACCUGAGUUCGCAUCCCCGACAAAGGCCGAGCGCAUCCCCUACCAUAUCUCCCUCGACAACCUUGGCUCCGGUUUGCGACGAGGCUCUUCACCCAUCCGAGACGGAGGAUUGCUGAAUGGUGGUCACUCCAGCUCGCGGCGCGGUCACAGUUUUGCCACGACGACGGGCUUGGUAAUCCAUGCGGCGGCAGAUGGAAUUGCGCUGGGUGCCUCGAGUUCGGAUACCGGGCUGAGCUUCAUCAUUUUCUUGGCAAUUAUGGUGCAUAAGGCGCCUGCAUCCUUCGGGCUAACCUCGAUCCUUCUCAAGCAAGGACUGUCGAGCCGAACUGCCAGGGCCCAUCUACUGAUUUUUAGUCUGGCAGCGCCUGUGGGUGCCUUGGUGACCUUUCUCUUCGUGAAUAUGGUGGGCUCUUCAGGCGGCGACGGGUCGAGUGCGCUGUGGCGCACUGGAAUGUUGCUGCUCUUCUCUGGCGGGACAUUUUUUCUCGUCUAUCAACUUUAUCCUUGGGCCUACGAUUUGCUAAUUUAUAUGUCUAGGUACGUUGCUAUGCACACCAUGCAAGAAAAUGAGCCUGGCUCGUCCGCACACGAUACCCAUUCCCAAGAUGGAUCGGACAAAUCCAUGAGAGACUUGAUUGCUUCCGUUGUCGGCAUGAUUUUGCCGCUGUUUUUGCAGAUUGGUCAUGCCCACUGA